CCUGGGCCGGCCGCAGCACCGACGGCUGGGAGAGCUCUGCGGAGGGCCAGGCGCUGCGCUCCCGGGCGGAGCCGAGUCCGCGGGGCUCCGGGACGGGGCGGGGCCGUUGAUCAGUCAGCCGCGCAGCUCGUUCAGGUACUGCGGCGGCUCCACGUAGUCAGGCGGCCGGCCGGCUGGGGCGCACGGACCUCGGCCCGUGACUGUCGUAAGCCCAAACCGGGCCCCUGAGUCCCAGGUCUCCCGCGGAGCCAUGGCGGGCCCGGGCCCGGGGGAUCAGGACGAGCACUACGAUUUCCUGUUCAAGCUGGUGUUGGUGGGCGACGCGAGCGUGGGCAAGACCUGCGUGGUGCAGCGCUUCAAGACCGGAGCCUUCUCCGCGCGUCAGGGCAGCACCAUCGGCGUCGACUUCACCAUGAAGACGCUGGAGAUCCAGGGCAAGCGGGUCAAGCUACAGAUUUGGGACACGGCUGGCCAGGAGAGGUUCCGAACCAUCACCCAGAGCUACUACCGCAGUGCCAAUGGAGCCAUCCUUGCGUAUGACAUCACCAAGAGGAGCACCUUCUUGUCGGUGCCUCACUGGAUCGAGGACGUGAGGAAGUAUGCAGGCUCCAACAUCGUGCAGCUGCUGAUUGGGAACAAGUCAGACCUUGCCGAUUUCCGGGAGGUCCCUCUGACUGAGGCGCAGAGCCUGGCCGAGCACUAUGACAUCCUCUGCGCCAUCGAGACCUCUGCCAAGGACUCCAGCAAUGUGGAGGAGGCCUUCACCAGAGUGGCCACUGAACUCAUCAUGAGACACGGAGGCCCCAUGUUCAGUGAGAAGAGUACCGACCACAUCCAGCUAGACAGCAAGGACAUCGCGGAGAACUGGGGCUGUGGCUGCUGACUGGGGGGGCAGGGCAGGCAGGCCAGGCCAAGACCUCCCCACCUCCCUUGUCUCCAGCCUGUCAAGCCCCACCAUGCAGAGCCGGCCCUCCAGGGCACUGGCUUCUCUAGAGGGAUUCUGCACCCCUAGCCUGGAUGCUGGGUAGAAAGGGAGAAGCAGGGUGUCCUGUGCAGAAGGCCAUCAGCCUAGGGCAGGUUAUGGAGCACCCUGCCAGCCAGCAUAUGCUCCCCCAUGCUCUCACAUUCCAGGACUAGCCUGAGCCUUCCAGCAUAGACUGCUGUGGGAAGCGGUCUGGCCAUGCUGCCCAGCCCCCACGUGUUGGUCUUACCUUCUCCUGCCUUGACUGCUGCCCUCCAGGGAUGUGGCUGGAACCCCAGGUUCCUCCAGGUCAUUCUCCGGCCUCUAACCAGAGUGUAAAAAGCACAUCAGUUAGGCCAACAGGCUGGUGCCAAGCCUUGUCCCCGGGAAGCCUGAGCUCAUCAGGUGGAAGCAGCCAUCCUCCCUUCACUGCCAGCUUGGAGCACUUAUCUCCCUGGGCCUGGCUAGCUGCCUUACCAAGACUUCUCGAGUUUUUCUGCUUUUCCAUGUAGCAUCUCAUUUUCACUGACACAAGUGUAGGGUCAUGGCCAGGGGCCAGCUGGGUACGGUCUGUUGGCCUGAGGCCCAACAUUUUGCCAGUCAGGUUGCCAAAGCAGCUAAUCUCUCAGUGUGGUUGAGGGUUGAGAUAGGAAGGGAAAAGCAGCAGCUUGUGGGGGGCAGGGGGAUAACUCGCCUGUGGAGCACCUGCUGAGCACACGCCAGGCCUUGGGCUCAGCCCUCAGUGCCCAAAGUGACAGCAGCGAAACAGCAGCUUCUUUUGUGUCCCAGAGGUGGAGGUCGAGGGCCCUGUGGUUGCCAGUCUUGCCUCGUGGAGUUCCCUGCCAUAGUUCAGUUCAGGGCGACUCUAGUUCCUCAUGGUCCUUAUGGUUUCAAAACAAAAAGAUGAGGACGUGGUGGCCUGAGACCUGGCCAUCUCACACCUCAGUGAUCCCUUGCCUGCCUUAACAGAUGCUUCCUGCUGGGGUCAGAAGGAAAAGUGGGGUUCUUAGGAGGCAGGGCUGUCCUUUGGGGCUCAGGGAUCAAAGGACUGAUCCCUGAGGAAUUGAGCCAGGGAAUGUUUCUAAGAGUCCUUGGCCCUUUGAGUCAGCCCAGAUCUGUGCCCUUCUACCCCCUCACUAUAGACUACACACCCAAUCUGCCACAUCAGCCAUGGGGCCCCAGCAUUUUGGGUCAGGCUCAGUCCAGUUUAAUCAUGGGUCAGGUAUUGUUCCUUGCAUCUCCCUUCCUGCUGGUAGCCUACCCUUGCCUCUCCUUUCAAGCUUUCUGGUCUGUCAGCCCCUUUCCUAGGAAUAUCUGGCCACGGGGCCGGAAGCAGGGCUUUGCAGAAACUCCCGAACAGCCUAAGGAAAGUUCUGUGCUGAACGAGAUAAGCAGGGCUAGACCCACUGGCCCCUUUUCUGUUAGGAGACUUCGGGUAGCCUGUGGAUAAGCUGAGCCUGGUUCUGGUGAGGUGGAGGGUGGCCCAAGUGAACCAGAGCCUGCCUAGAGUGCGUGUCUGGUGGAGGUCACUGAGGCUGUGCUGGGUAGGGAGCCUUCACUGGUGGGUUCGUGGCUCACCCAGCAACCAGGAAGAUCACCUCACUUCCUUUUUUUUUUUUUUGGUUUUUUGAGACAGGGUUUCUCUGUGGUUUUGGAGCCUGUCCUGGAACUAGCUCUUGUAGACCAGGCUGGUCUCGAACUCACAGAGAUCCUCCUGCCUCUGCCGCCCAAGUGCUGGGAUUAAAGGUGUGCACCACCAACCUCACUUCCCUUUUCACAAUCCCCAGGCGGAGGUGUGGCCGAGGCCCAUCCCUGUGCUCUUGAGUAGGGGCAGCCCUGCUCUCAGAAUUUAGCCCAGACACCAAAGUCUCCUUGAGCCCAGCACUCCCCACUGCCCUGGUAACCACCCUGCCCUCUUACUCUCUGGGUUCCAGUUCCACUGCCAGGCGCAGGUCUGGAGGGCCAGGCCCAGGGCCCUCAUUAUGGCCUCCACAGCCUGCCCACCUCUCUACUCACUGUCAAGUCUGGGCCCAAUGUGACCCUCCUCUCCCAAGUCUCUGCCAACCUGCCUUCUUAUUGACAGCACAGAAUCCCACAAGUGACCCAGAGGACAUCUCUGAAGGGAGAUGGCCCCUCCCCAGCGACAGGCCUUAUCUUCAGUAUCCUGGCAGGGGAUGAGUUCUUCCCUUGGACUCCUGGUUCUGUGGCCUGGGAGGGCCCUGAGUCCUGGACUGAAGCUGGGUCCUCUGGAGAAGCUACUGCCAUCCCUGCAGACAGUAAUGCCCAGGCUCUGGCCCUCUGCUGAGGCGCCCGCCCCACUCCAGUGCACAGAGAAACCUCAGGACCCCUGAGCCUUUGUCAGGAGCGCUGGGCUUGAGGACCAAAAAGCAGGCAAGUGUGAGUCAGGAAAUAAAGCAGCUGCUUUCCUUGCCCUGGGCUGGCUGGGCUGGCUGGGCUGGCUGCCAGCAGCCCAGGGCCUCUGGGAAGCAGGAGCAGGUGGAGGCUGGGUACUGGGGAGGGCAAGGAGGUACCCACAGAGGCUGGGCAGGGCCAGCGUGACUGCAGCAGGAGGAGAUUGAAGGACUGAGGGCUUGCCCACUAAAGGUACCAAGAAGGGGCUCUGUGUUUCUUUGGGUGGAAGUCUGUCUCCAAGGACACAGGCCCCAACUGGGGGGAAAUCUACAGGGAGCCCCUGGUGCACAUUGAAUUGGUUGCCCUGUCCCAGGAUGCUGCCAGUGGUGGGCCUCCAGCCAAACUCACCCCUGCAAGGCCUGGACAGGCAGAAUUGCCAGCCCAAGGAUGCCAGGUGCACUGGGGAAAUUUUCACAUUACUUAUUUAUGAAAAUGUAAGUCUUUCUAUCAAAUCUAUUUUUGGAACAUGAAAAGUUGCCUUUCUGGAUCUGUCACAGAGCCAGUGUACAAUUCAAUCAUUAAACAUUUCUGUACUGAG